GCGCAGACCGUAUAGAGAUUUAGUCGUUAACGCACGGUCAAUACGUGCAUUACAAAGUGAUAAAUAAAAAAUUUUAUAAAAUAUUGAAAAAAUAAUAACGUUUAUUAACAUAAAAAAAUAUAAACAUUAGUGUUGAAAAAGAGCAAAACGUUUAAAAGUAAAUUAAAUAUCAAGUGUAAAAAAUAUACAAAAAAUUAAAAAAAAAAAUUCAACAAAUAUUUUAGAAAAAAGUGAAAAAAAAAAUUUAAAUAAAAAUAUUAGUUGCUAAAAAUCAAAAUAAAUAACAAACUUGUUAAUAACUGUCCAAUAAACGUCAUUAGAAAUUACUUACUAACUAACUAAUUUUUUUAUCUUAAAGAAGAAGACAAAGUGCUAAUAGAAAAAUUGCAUAGAGAUUUCAAAUAAAUUUUUACAAAAAAAAAAAGUUGCAAGAAAAAUUUUGACAUCAAUUGUGCAAAAAAUAUAAAAAAAAAGAAACUGUUAAUUUAAUCUUAACAACUUAAAAGCAGGCAGCAACAACAACAACAACAACAAAGGCUAUAACAACAUCAACAACAAGAAAAGUAAAAGACUUUAAAGAAACAUACAAUUUUGGUUAAAACUGGCUUGAUCUAGUCUUAAGACAAAGUUGCAUUUAAUUCAUAGAAAAUUACCACCGUUCAACUAUACAACACACAUACUUGCUAGAAAAUUGUGAAUGUUUUUGAGGUGAAUAUUUGAAAAAGUUAAAUCAAAGAGUGUUGACGUGUUUUUGUUGAAGGACUUUGUUUCAUUAAUAUUAAAAACGAUAAUGAGUAAAAAUGGCCAUAGUAAUCCGGCAUAUGUCAAUGAUGUCUCGGAUAAAACUCCUAAAAAAUAUUCAUUAGAAUUAACCGAGAAAGGUGAUAAAUAUGUGGUGGCACAUGCAGAUGAUUACAAUCCCUAUGAACAUCGUGAGGUAGAACAUCCCACCACCAACUCUGAGACUCUUUUUCAUUUGCUUAAGGGUUCUUUGGGUACUGGCAUCUUGGCUAUGCCCAAUGCUUUUAAAAAUUCCGGUUAUGUCACGGGCACUAUUGGUACCAUUAUUAUAGGUUUCAUUUGUACCUAUUGUAUACAUCAACUGGUCAAGGCAGAGUAUGAGUUAUGUCGCCGAAGAAAGAUCCCCAGCAUGACUUAUCCCAAAGUAGCUGAAGUAGCUUUGGAUGAGGGUCCUACGAUAUUUAAAAAAUGUUCUCCUUAUAUCGGUCAUGUUGUCAAUACAUUUCUAUUGAUUUAUCAAUUGGGUACCUGUUGUGUGUAUGUGGUUUUCGUCUCUUCGAAUAUCAAAUCUGUGGUGGAUUAUUAUGUUGAAGAACCCGUUGAUGUACGUUUGUGUAUGGUUAUUAUUUUGUUGCCAUUAAUUCUAAUUAAUUGGAUUAGAAAUUUAAAAUAUUUGGCUCCAUUCUCAACACUGGCUAAUGCCAUUACUAUGGUCUCGUUUGGUAUUAUUUGCUAUUAUAUUUUCCGUGAACCCGUUUCGACGGAAAAUAAAGAGGCUUUUGCUCCGGCAAGUGGUUUUCCAUUGUUCUUCGGUACUGUGCUGUUCGCUUUAGAGGCUAUUGGUGUAAUUUUACCCCUUGAAAAUGAAAUGAAAACACCCAAGAAAUUUGGUGGAUCCUGUGGCGUUCUAAAUGUGGCUAUGAUAUUGAUUGUCUUCCUUUAUGUGGGUAUGGGUUUGUUUGGUUUUCUCAACUACGGUGAUGAAAUUGAAGGUUCCAUAACAUUAAAUUUACCCGCUAAAGAUGUUUUGGCCCAAUGUGUUAAGGCCAUGUUAGCCUUUGCCAUUUUCAUAACACACGGUUUAGCCUGUUAUGUAGCCAUCGAUAUAACAUGGAACGAUUAUGUGGCACAAAAAUUGGGACCACAACGUAGAAAAAUCUUUUGGGAAUAUACAGUGCGUACAUCGUUAGUGUUGGUGACAUUUUUAUUAGCUGUGGCCAUACCAAAUUUGGAACUAUUUAUUUCAUUAUUUGGUGCACUUUGUUUAUCAGCAUUAGGUUUAGCAUUUCCUGCUCUUAUACAAAUCUGUACUCAUUGGUAUAGUACUCAUGGUUUGUCUAAAGUGUGGUUAUUGUUUAGUAACUUCUUUUUAAUCAUUGUUGGCAUAUUGGGCUUAGUUAUUGGUACCUAUACAUCAUUAGCUGAGAUUGUUGCAACAUUUAUGGAUUAAGAAAAUAUCAUUUG